AUGUACAUCACCAUGAAAGGAGAUUUGGUUGAAUUGAAUUAAAGAAAUCUUGUCAUUUCCAGAACAUAAAUUGAUAACCACACCAAAGUUUAAUAUAAAUCAGAUAAGCUCGUAAUUAAUGAUAAAAUUGUGUUGCAAAACUUCAACAAACAAUUCAUUAACCGACUGGAUUAUGCAAUCAAGAAUUACGAAAUCAGAUUAUAAUAAGCAAUCCAACAAUUUGUGUGUAAUAGGCAAGAAAUCCUCAAAAUUAAUUAGACUGAUAAAAAAUUAGUUACAAGGUAUCUUUGGAUCAACGACAAUUAUUCAGAAAUCAGAUAUUCUGAUGCUCCUUUGACCAAAAACUUCAAAAAAAUCCCGCUUAAUGAAAUCACAUUUCAGUACCAACAACUAGAUGAUAAAGUUAUGAAAGCACUCAAAAAAUAUGAUCUCUACCCUGAAUACCUGUUAACAAUCCUACACAAGAAGAAACAGCUAUCAGUCGUCUUCCUAUCAUUCAGAAAAUUAUGUGCCUUCACAUUACUUUGCAAUUGGAUUCUCAAAUCCAGAGAUUUGCCAUAAAUCCAAUUCUCAGCACUCAUAUUCCUUAAAUUAAAAUUGUAAUAUGCAGCUCAACAAUAGGGUUUAACAAUCAAAAAAUACUUACUCAUUUAGUUAAAUAGGAUCAGAACAUAACUAACCCUUAAAAGUUUGAAAGACAAAAACUCUUAAAUAUUAGAAUCAGGCAAAUCAUCAGAAAAAAAGCAAUGGUCAGUUUAGUUAACCAUUAAAAAAUCUAAACAGGACAGUUUGGACAAAGAAAAUAUUAAUAAAAAAAUUUAGUUUUCCUGA